GGCAGUGACCCAGAUGUAUUCUAACGAUUCAGUUGGCCUUGCAGUUUAAACCCAAACCUCAAGAGAUGACAUUUUUGAGCUUUCAUUUUCAAAUUUAGAUUGUCAGUUAUUCGUUUUUUAAAUGUACCCUGGUGACCAUAAUUAUAUAAGGCAUUAGUGAUGUGGAAUUUUCAGGACCAAGUAAUCCCAUAUCUGGUAAAUACCUUCCUCAUGCAGUUGGUGGUAUGUGACAAUGGGGUCAGUCAGUCAGUAGGACCAUGCACAUACAUGCAUCGGUCCAAGUUGCCACACCUCAUUAGCACAACAAGAUGAACACCAAAUUCAUAGAAGUAGUUACGUCAGUGGUAGUAAUAUACAAAAGAAGGAUUUCGUACAACGAUAUAAUACAGGAAGAAAGAAUUAGAAAGAAAGGUAUAAAGUAAUUUGAAUCUCACGGUUUAAGAGCAGACAAAGAGUGUAUACACUCACGCCAUUGUGAUCGAUUCUCAGCCAUGUCACACAGAAUCUCCAACCAUUGUUUACGAUAUUCAAGCGAACCACAACCAAGUAGUCUGUAUCUAAUGAUAUGGCUCGAACCAAAAGUCAGUGACCUCAAGCACUGAUGCCACGCUUUGGUUUGGCCAACCCUAACUUUCUUCCAACCAUCCCCAACACUAGUCAGCAUUGCACGUCGUGGUAAUCGGUAUUCAGGCAUACGUAACACGUGGCCCAACCAUCUCAGUUGAUGAAGAUUCACAACCUCAUCAACUGAUUUACCAUCAUUUCCUAAUACCCUGCGUCUAACAUGACUAUUACUUACCCGGUGAUCCCAACAGAUGAGAGCAGUAUUUCUAAGGCAUCUGUGGUCAAAUACUUGUAGCUUACGAGUGUCUUCUACUCUUAAUGGUGACGUUUUGCAAACGUCAAAUAAAAGAGAACGAACUGUUGUGCACUAUACUCGUCCUUUAAUUGAUAAACGGAUAUCUUGCUUUCGUCAUAGGUGACGUAAGUUGUCAAAAGCCAAACGAGCCUUUUGAAUCCAUGCAAAGAUUUCACCAGACACCAACCUAUUAGGGCUGAUCAGACUUCCAAGAUAAGUGAAGUUUCAACAGUUGAGAUCAUGAGUCAAAGCAUCCCACUGCUUCACUCCCUAUUCUUAGUUCGGGUAUUGACGCAGGCCAACGGAAUGAGGAUGUAAAACUCACCCCUUUUAGUCAUAACACCUAGCUGACUAGUGUGGAACAUUGGGACCCCUAGGGACAAGUUAUUAUGAAGUUGGAAGCUUCAAAUAAGUGGCCAAAUCCUUUAUUCCAAUGUUUUCAGUUUGUUUGACCGCUUAAAAACUUUUUCAAGAGGUAUUUUCUGAUAUUUAUUUUUAUGAUCAGGAGUUGUCACAUCUCAGUCGGGUUCCUCAACUAAAUUGGUGGGAUUUUUUAACCAAUUGUUAGAACUAUCAAAGAAUGUCUCAGCUAGCACUCAUAGCUCAGUAGCAACGCUAAUACAAGCAUUAGUGAAUGGAGAACUUGAUGCCAGUUCGUUCAGUGCACAACUACGUAGCAAUCUUAAAAGUGCCAAUCCUGGUAUGGACCUCGCCCCAUUCAUAAAGGACAACAUAGAUUUACUUAGGAGAGAUCUAGCUAAUGGUGUCUGUCGUCUCCCAAACAUACAACCUCCCCCAAAAGACAUCUUCACAGGUGUACCCACUGCAGUCCCUGUUUCGAUCGUAACAACAUUACCUACCGUAGGUCUUCAGCCCCGUCCUAAUGCUGCGGUUUCUACAACACUAGUUUCUUCAACAGUACCCGUUGGCCCUCGCAUUACUCUACCGACGAAUACAACUCCUCGCAUAGUAGGCACACUCAUGUCAUCAGUUUCGUCACCAGUUAUUCCAACUAGUCCUGUUACUGUUCCAACACCCCGAACACAACCCCCACUAUUGGCUCCUGCUCCUCCCCGGACAUGUAUUACGUCUGUCGUAAACUUUGAUGCAGCUUCAAGUUCUAACACCGGUACGAAAUAUCGUUUGGCUCAAUCUUUUAGUGGUGUUUCAUCUUCAACGUCUGUCGUAUCUAAUGCAACCGCCGCAACAGUGGUUUCGACACGUUUCACACCGACUAUUAACGGUACGCGUCCGAACUACCAAAAUUUGCGACCAAUUAUUGCUUCGUCCACUUCCACAGCAUUGGGUAUCAACUUAGCGUCGAUAAAAUCAGUUGCUGGUGUUUCUGCAUCCGUACCCCCUGUAAUUCGUGCUAAAUCUGGAUAUGCUAACACUUAUUCUCCUGGAAUUCUACCCGCUGUUCACAACAAAGUAGGCUCCAAUGUCCUAUCCUUGAAUGGAUCUACGGUAUUAAUAGAAGGUGUGGACCGAAAACAGAAUGACCUCUCGUUUUUGAGCGACGAUAUUCGUCACCCCGCUAUGUCACCUACACGUGACAAUCCAUUUUUCCCAUCAGAAAAAGUUAAGGAAAUAUUAGAAACUCAUGGCAUAAAAACAUUAACAGAAGAAUCUAUCGCGUGUCUCGCUCACGGUUUGCAAAUAUUCAUCAAAAAUAUUUUAUCAAAGUUGAGGAUUGUAGUAUCACAUCGACUCGAUCGUUUAGGAGAGGAUUCUCGUUUGGUUCAAAUAGAUCACACGCGUGAACAGUUGAGGUUUCUUCAGAAGUUGGAUGAGCAUGACCGAAUGAGGCAAUCGGAGUUAGAAAAGGAUCUAAUUUUGAAGGCUGCAAAAUCACGUUCUCGAAAUGAAGAUCCUCAUCAAAUGCAGAUGAGGGAAAUGGCUCGACGGAUAGCGUCUGAAGAUUAUGAACGUGAAAAGCAACAUCAAGCCAAUCUUACAGCUCUUCACGCUAUCGGCCCACAACGCAAGCGUCGUCUAGAUACUUUAGAUGAAAUGGGCAACUCCAUUUCAACAGAUAUUUUGGGAGCCUCUCUUCCAACAAGAGAUGGUGUGACAAAUUUGGUGAGUGCCCUACCUGCUGCUACUGCUAAUCGCCUUUCUAUUGUCAGUGCCAGUCGACUAGGUUUGGUAACAUCAGGACCAAAUCUAACGCAACUCAAUUUAGAAGCUUUGCCGGCAAAUUCAAACUCAUUGGUCUCCGGUGUCGGUGGGACUGGUGAUAACAUGCCAAAUACAUCUGGAUUUUCAUUAGCACUCAGUCUCAGGGCACAUCGAGCAACUCUCAGAGAUAUGCAGGUCAUACUUUCUCGUACACCAAGGCUUCGUCGUACACGUACUUACUAUAGGACGUAUUGGCGCUCUCAGCCUUAAGAGUCUUUUCUUUGUUUCUUAUUUUUAUUUUUGCAUAGACUUGAUUUCUGAUUGUAAUAUGAUUUAAUUAUUAGUUGGCUAAUUUUCCUAAAACGUUCCCAACCUAACUUGUAUCAUAAAAUCUUUGUACAUUAUGACUUUUCGCAGUAGCCUACUUCGCUAGGCAUCUGGGGUUCUAUGUAUAUAUAUUUACACACACACCGUAAUAUUGUAUGAAAUGUGAUGUUAGUUCCAGAUUCUUUUUCUCUACUAAAUGUGAGAUUUCUUGUAUUUUUUCAUAACGCAUGUACAUUUACCAAUUCCAUGUAUACUUCGUUCGCUGUACAUAAUUUUCGACUAUCCUAUUCAGAAAAUAAUAAACCUGUUAUUUCUUUAGU